GCUGUUCGGGCCGCCCGUCUGGAUGCCACAUCUAAGACCAUGCCGCAGCCCAAAUCCCGGAAGAUCGCCGUGCUGGGGUACAGGUCGGUGGGAAAGUCUUCACUGACCAUCCAAUUUGUGGAAGGACAGUUCGUCGACUCCUACGACCCCACCAUAGAGAACACAUUCACCAAGACGAUCACCGUGAACGGACAGGAGUACAACCUGCAGCUGGUGGACACGGCCGGCCAGGAUGAGUACUCGAUCUUCCCUCAGAGUUACACCAUAGACGUGGACGGCUACAUCCUCCUCUACUCCGUCACCUCCUACAAAAGCUUCGAGGUUGUCAGGGUGAUCCAUGAGAAGCUGCUGGACAUGGUGGGAAACGUUCAAGUGCCGCUCAUUUUAGUAGGAAACAAGAAAGACUUGCACAUGGAAAGAGUCAUCAGUUUCGAGGAGGGGAAGGUUCUUGCUGAGUCAUGGAACGCCGCCUUCCUGGAGUCUUCAGCCAAAGAAAACCAGACGGCGGUGGAGGUGUUCAGGAGGAUGAUCCUGGAGCUGGAGAAGAUGGAGGCCGGCCAGCAGGCGCAGGGCCGGACGUCCUGCUCCCUCAUGUAGCUUCCAGAGACCCCGUCCCGUUCCGUCCCGUCCCGUCUCUGACCCCCCCCACUCCAACCCUCCCAAGCCCCGCCCACUGCGGCCGACCGCCUCAACAGGCAUGCUGGGAAGUGGACGGCGGUGGCUGGUGAUGUGACUCUGCCUGAUGGGACGUCCCAACAAAGUGCAGUCACAGUCUGGAGGUUCUGCUGAACCGUCGAUAAAAAACACAAACCUGAAAAAUCAAAAUCCCUUCAUGUGCCCUCACACGGGGGCGACUCUGAAACCUGGGAAGGCCGAUGAAGAUGCAGUCGCUUCUUUGUUUGUUUGUUAGGUUUUUUUUGUUUGUUUGUUUGUUUCAUUUUUUGUUUGGUUUUGAAAAGCACAGACUCUUCCUCUAAAAUCUAUUCAAA